AGCGGUGACCCCACCCAGCUCUUGUUUCCAGUAUUCGCCUGACAGGAAUAGAUUGGCUUAGAAUAUCGUCCAAAACAUCAUAUACUGUUUGCAUUAGAUUUAACACAUUAAACUUACUGAGCGUGAGCAAUUGUGUAUUGGAAUACGAAUUUAUAGUAACAAAUUGAUUGAAGGCGCGGUGGAAAUAACGCCUGACAGUUUUGUUUACACAUCAGGCAUACGCUACCGAAGUAAUCGCUCAUUUUUGUGAUUUCGCGUUUUUUAACUUUAUUUGCGACAACGUAGGACGAUGUGUGGUGCCAAAGAGCGAUAAUUGGUUGCUAUGGAUAACGUAAAAUCGUAACAGUAAGGCAAGAUGAAAACCGAAAGCUGAUAUUCGUAGCGGGGCAGCCGCGGGUAGCCUACUUUUCACUCGCCUCCCUCACCUUUUUUCCUCGGGUCGCCGGACGAGUGAAGUAAGUGGCCGACAAGAGCAAUGUUGACUUCAGGACCAACCAAGAUGAGUGUAGCAGUCAAGUCACUGCUCAUUCACGGCCGUCAGAGUUCCUCGGUAAUCAUUGGGCUGUGCAUAGGCAUCGCCUUGAGCCUCAUCCAGACUCCCUUCAUGGAAGAUGAAUGUAUCAAGUCUCUCACCUUAGAUCUGAGAAGUAGUGACCGCCUGGGCAAACUGCGUGACUUGAGAAGUGAAGGACCAGCCAAUGAGGAAGAUUAUGAACCACGUCUCGUCCUCGACAAUAAGUACGACAAGGGAGACAUUGCCAAGAACUCCAAGACUCAGAAACUUUUGCGGCCACGUUAUUACUCAACAGAGCUGGGGAUACGUGAUAAACUCUUAGUAGCUGUUCUCACAACGAAAGACACAAUAAAAACUUUUGGUUUAGCUGUUAACAAGACAGUAAGCCAUCAUGUAGAUAAGCUUAUUUUCUUCAUUGAUGGUAUCGGCUCAAAGAAACUUGGGUUGAAUAUACCAGUAGUUGGCUUUAAAGAUGAAAAACCACUGAUUAAGGUUUUUCGAGUGCUGUCCUACUUAAGUGAGAACUAUAUAAAUGAUUAUGAUUACUUUUUACUUGUAUCUGACAGAACAUACAUUCAUGGUAGAAAAAUAUAUGAUACCGUGAAGAAGAUUAGUAUCAGUGAAAAUGUUCACAUGGGAAUGCUGGUUGAUAAUCCAGAGUCACUAUAUUGCUCUAUUGAUGCAGGCAUCAUCCUCAGCCACUCUGUCCUCCGUGCUGUUUCUGGUAAGCUGAGUUGGUGUACACGUAACACAUACUCAGAAACUGACACAGAUAAUCUUGGGCGUUGUAUUCUCCAUGCUACUGAUCUUCCAUGCACGUCUAGUCUGCAGGGGCAGCAAUACAGCAGUUACCGAUUUAUGAUGUUUUUCGACACAUCUCCAAUUGAUUGGUGGAAGUUCGCUCGUAAGAGAGGCCACCACUGUAUCUAA